ACUCUUUGGCCUGGAAAUCUUUCUCAAUGGGAUAGUCAGCACUUGGCAUCUCUGACGUGCAUGCCACAUGGGAUUUAGCUUCUGUCUGGGGUAUACGAUGUCUAACCAAUAUAUUAUGCUUAAAUAUUUACUUAUUUCUCGUAUAUGUCCUGUUUUUUUUAACGUGGUAUUCAAGUAACAAAACAUAGCUGUUGUGCGUUGCCACACUUCUGUAUUAGAUCACAACUGCAAUACCUGUACAAACCACCCAGCUGACGCGCAUAUGACAUUGUGGAAUGCUGGCCUUGGUACAGCUGAAGAGCGCCCUAAAGCAGGCCUCUGACAGAGCUGGAAAAGCAGCACGCAGAAAACAUUUCCGCGUCUUGCGAAAAUGACACAGAUUUGAAAAGUGGUAUUGAAUUCCCGUCCAGGGAAAAAUGGGGAACCUGUUCCAGAAAAUUUCCGAGUUGAGGAGGCAUGCUUGCCAGCUGACCUUAACCCAGGACAUGUGCAGGUUAGAACGCUUUACCUCUCUGUGGAUCCCUACAUGCGCUGCCAAAUGAAUGAGGACACAGGAACUGACUACCUGUCACCAUGGCAACUGUCUGAAGUUGUGGAAGGAGGAGGUGUUGGGAUAGUGGAGGACAGCAGGCACGAUUCAUUCACAGAGGGAGACACUGUGGCCUCCUUUUCUUGGCUGUGGCAAACCCAGGCAGUUUUGGAGGGGAAACUACUACAGAAGCUGGACCCCCAGUUGGUAGAUGGGCGCCACUCCUAUUUUUUGGGUGCAGUGGGCAUGCCUGGGCUUACAGCACUACUGGGAGUAAGAGAGAAAGGUCACGUGACUCCAGGAGCCAAUCAGACCAUGGUUGUCAGAGGUGCUGCUGGAGCCUGUGGUUCCCUGGCCGGUCAGAUCGGCAGGUUGGAUGGCUGCUCCAAGGUGGUGGGAAUCUGUGGCUCUGAUGAGAAGUGUCAGGUCCUGGUGUCAGACCUCGGGUUCAAUAGCGCUAUCAACUACAAACGGCAGGAUGUGGCUGCCAGGCUUAGGGAGAGCUGUCCAACAGGAGUGGAUGUUUACUUUGACAAUAUUGGUGGAUCGAUCAGCGACACUGUGAUAGCACAGAUGACUGAAGGUGGUCAUGUGAUCCUAUGCGGUCAGAUCUCUCAGUACAACAAGGACGUGCCCUACCCCCCUCCAUUGCCCGCCAGCACACAGGAAGUGCUUCACACCGAGCACAUCACCAGGGAGAGGUUUACAGUGUUGAAUUACACAGAGAAACAUGAAGCAGGGCUGCUACAGCUGAGCCAGUGGGUCAGAGAAGGGAAGCUGAAGGUCUUGGAGACUGUGGUGAAAGGGUUGGAUAACAUGGGUGUGGCUUUCCACUCCAUGAUGAAAGGGGGUAAUGUGGGGAAGCAGAUAGUGCAGGUGUCUGAGUAAUGCGGCAGCACCCCCUUGUGGUGAUGUGGAGACGGUUCAUCUGACCAAUGUGAUUAUCAUGAUCCCUAGUAUGGUCCAGAUUUGUGAAUCUUUUCUGCAAAAUACAGAGCCCCAGUGCCUUUCAGGUGGAUGGUAUUAUUAUCUGAAUAAUGCCAAUUUGUUUCCUAUACUCUCUGUCAUUGUCACUUCCAAUUUGCUUUAUCUGCCUGGUAGUCUCACUUCCUAUCCCUUUUUGCAUUUAGCGUCAGUCUCAUCUAAUCAAGAUGCUUUUUAUUGUCUCUUCGUUUUCACUCCUACUCCCUCCACUCUCACCGGACUAAAAUUUCAUUUUUAAUAUAUUUUGGCCUAAAAACAUUUAAAUCAUCUAUACAUGAAUACUUAAUAAACGAAACAGUACUGCAGUACAAGUUUAUAAUAUAUUUUAUUUAGCAAAUGACACACUGCUUCUGACUCUAACACAUUAAAUAUUAAUCCGAAAAAACAGAAACAUGCUUGUGUACUAGUUUGGAUCACCUUUUUAAUUCUCCUAAAUUAAUGCCUGUUUAUUGUAUUAGCACUAUGGAUGAGGGCAUAAGAGGGUUGCUAAAUGCUCUGUGCUAUAAUGGCACCAGUCUGAAAAAUUGGCUUGCAUUUGCUGUUGGCUUCCCCUGAAGUCUAAUCAUCUGGCCCUGUUUCCGCUAGUUGAAGGAUUAUAUAUAGAUCAUGGUUACUGUACCUGUAAUUGUUGAUACUGUUCUCACACUAGUUAAUUCAUAAUAAUUAACAUAACAUUCUAACACACAAUUUAAAAAACAACCUGUACCAAGCUUUUAAAAUUUCUUACCUGUUAAUCACUUAUCCCUUGUAUUUCAUAGAUGCAGACAUUUAUUUCAAAGACAGUACCUGCUACUUCCUGGUACCUAUCACUUCAUUUGCUGUGGUUGAAGAUCACUCCAGUGGUCUCACUGCAGUCAGACCAUGUGACCCAUUGCAAGGUAUCAGGAUGCAGCAGUUUAUCAAGUGUUGUAUAUUAGCAUUGUCUGAAUUAGUCCAAAUAAAUAAAUUAUGUGACGAUCCAAAUCUGGGUUGGUUAAGUAGAUACAACUUGCACUUUGCUAUUUCUGAAACCAAUCCAUAUUCUAAUAACAAAUCAUUAUUUAUAUAAAAAAAUGAGUAUUUUAUCAGUUUUGUUGGUGGCAAGUGUAAACCAUGAUGAGUUAACAUUGUCAAACUGAAUGCAUUAUUAAAACCUGUGACCAGUAACCAACUCCCACUGUGAAUGAUGCCGAUAGGCUUGUUGCCAAUAAGCUACAGCCACACCAGCACUGCAUUACCAGCCUAUGACACAACAUUAAAUACAAGUUUAUGGUGCUGCCACAUGUCCUUUGUAAUGGGUAUGGCAGUGACAGUUUUUUUUUUUUUAUUGAAUUCAAGCCCAUGUAAUAUCGUGA